UAUGUUUUCCUUGUUUCAAGGAUAAAUGUUAUUUUAUGAGAGACUUGAUUACGUGUAACAUAAAGUAGAUGCAUUGUAAUUCAAGAUGGCGGAUGGAAUGGAGUACGAAGACUGCGUUUUAACGGUAAAUCAAGCCUACGCUGGCAAAUUUCAGAAGAAAAGUGAAAAAGCAGAACUUGAUCGAUUGAGAGAUAAAUAUGGAGAUAAUAAUGAAGAUUCAGAAAGUUCUAGUGAGACUGAAGAUGAAGAUGCUAAGGACCUUAAUAUGGCAAAGGAAAGAGAUUUUCUCAAGACACUUGCACUUAUCAAGAACAAAGAUCCUAAAAUCUAUAAGAAGGAUGCAAAAUUCUAUUCAGAUGAUAAAAGCAUAAAUGCAGAAGAUGAAAAGUCAAAGAAAUCUAGCAAGCCAAUUUAUCUUAAAGAUUAUGAAAGAGAACGACUUUUAAGGAAAGGAAGUGAGGCUUUUGAGAUUAGCUCAGACGAAGAAGAAAAGCAGCCAUCACUGACGUAUGUUGAGGAACAGGAAGAGUUGAAGAAAAGUCUAAAAGAUGCAGUUAAUGCGGUUGAGAGUAAUAAAGAUGAUUUCUUAACAAAACGAAAGAAAUCGAAACAGGAAAAGGAAAUAGACGACAAGAACUAUGCUGAUUGGUUGGAAAAAAGAAAUUUUGCGGAAAACGAUAGGAAAGAAUUGGAACCGUUAAUGAAACAUUGGAAUGAUCCCAAUCUUGAUGAAAACGAGAAAUUUCUAAGAAACUUCAUUUUACAAAGACAGUAUAUUGAUAGAGAUUCUCUUGAAAUUAAAACAUAUGAUGAAGUUGUUGCGGAUUUUGAUGAGGAAGAAGACGAAAUUGAAGAGCAAGAAGAAUUUGAAAGAGUAUAUAACUUUAGAUUUGAAGAGCCUGAUGCUGUACAUUUAAAAAGCUACCCAAGAAAUGUUGCCGGUUCCCUUCGUCGCAAGGACGACAGUAGAAAAGACAGAAGGCAGAAACGCAAUGAACGAAAGUUAAAGGAAAAAGAACAGAAGAAAGAAGAACUAAAGCGGUUAAAGAAUCUCAAAAAGAAAGAAAUUUUAGAAAAACUGGAAAAACUAAAAGAGGUGACUGGAAAUCCUAAUGUAGGCUUUGGUGACGAAGAUCUUGAAGGUGAUUUUGACCCAGCAAAAUAUGACGAGGCUAUGCAGAAAGCAUUUAAUGAUGAUUAUUACAACGAAGAAGAAGCUAAAAAGCCAGAAUUUAAUGAUGAUGAUUAUGAUGAUUUUGAAGAAGAAAACUGGGAUGAUUGGGAAGGUCACACUGGGGGAGAACUGCAUUGUGACGAUCCUGGAUUCAAUAUGGAUGCAGAUUAUGAUGUGAAUACUCAAACCACAAAAAACGACAUGAAUAAAGGAAAAGGGAAGUCAGCCUUUUCGAAAGCACUUUAUUCAGCUAAACCGACAUUUGAUCCGGAAGAGAAAUCCUUCGAACAAUAUUUUGAUGAAUAUUAUAAACUGGAUUACGAGGAUAUCAUCGGUGACCUGCCAUGCAGAUUUAAGUAUCGAGAGGUGGAACCGAAUGAUUUUGGUCUCACCGUCGACGAGAUAUUGAGAUGCGAUGAUAAAGAACUGAAUCAAUGGGCGUCUUUAAAGAAAUCAACACAAUACAGGACAAAAGAGGAAGAGAAGAAAGAUGUGAAGAGAUAUCGUCAAAAAGGAAGAGAUUUAAAAAAGAAAAUGUUAAUACUCCAAUCUCUCGCGACAACGGAUAAUAAUACUGAAGAAACUGCUGAAAAUCAUAACAAUAACAAUGAUGCCCGAACAAAGAACAGCAAUUAUCCAACAGAAAAACGCCUCAACGAAAUAGCAAAGAAAGUAAAGGGAGGUGGGAAAUGGCGAUGGAAAGGUAAGGGUAGAAUUUCGGUAAAAGAUCGCGAGGAACAGAUUAAAAAACGACGUGUAAUGAGACAUUUUCGUGGAGCCAAAUCAGACAAACUGUCGAAAUUGUCUUCCUCAAGACUUCUGUCGUAUGGCGUAAGGAAGAAAAAAAAGUCAAAUAAAAUGUAAUUUUUUAGGUUUUCACAAGCUUUAUACUAUUGCAUUGUAUAUAUUUUAGAUAAACAAUGUAGUUUGAUUAAGAUUACUCAACUCCUACCUUAAUCCCAGAGGCCGGAACUCUUUAAAUCAUAUUAAACUCCAAAAUGCACCAUUGUGAGUGCCCAUGCAUUGUUGUCAGUAAGCCUACGUUAAAUGUUACACAUGCAAUCAGCCGGAGGUCUCGAGUUUAAAACUUUGCACACGACCGCAAAAACGAGCAAGCAGAUUAUUGCAUUU